UUGGCUGCGGUGGGUCGUCAGGACAACUGAGAGGAAAAAGAACAGGGGUGUUGGGCCUGGCGGGCAAACCUGGGCUGCGGGCUACUGGGUGGUUCCGCGGGGCAGUGUUCAGACCGCUUCGGGGCCCAGGCGCCCGGGGUUCACGUCACAGUUCCAGGAGGUGCCUGAGCCAGCAGGCCGGCGAGGAGUAGUGGCCAGUGAGACCCGGCGGGCCAAGACCAUGGGCUGCUUCUUCUCCAAGAGGUGGAAGGCUGAGAAGGAGUCGCAGCCGGAGGACGAGGAAGUGCAGCCGAAGCAGUACAGCUGGGACCAGCGCGAGAAGGUUGAUCUGAAAGACUACAUGUUCAGUGGACUGAAGGAUGUAACAGUAGGUCGCUUACCUGGGAAAGUGGCAGGACAACAAUUUCUCAUUCAAGACUGUGAGAACUGUAACAUCUAUAUUUUUGAUCAUUCUGCUACCGUUACUAUUGAUGACUGUACUAACUGUGUCAUUUUUCUGGGACCCGUGAAAAGCAGCGUGUUUUUCCGGAAUUGCAGAGAUUGUAAGUGCGCAUUAGCCUGCCAACAGUUUCGAGUGCGGGACUGUAGAAAGCUGGAAGUCUUCUUGUGCUGCGCCACUCAGCCCAUUAUUGAGUCUUCCACGAAUAUCAAGUUUAGCUGUUUUCAAUGGUAUUACCCUGAAUUAGCUUUCCAGUUCAAAGAUGCUGGGCUCAGUAUCUUCAAUAAUACCUGGAGUAGCAUUCAUGACUUUACACCUGUGUCAGGAGAACGCAACUGGAGCCUUCUUCCAGAAGAUGCUGUCGUUCAGGACCAUGUUCCUCUACCUACUACCGAAGAGCUCAAAGCUGUCCGCGUUUCCACAGAAGCGAGUAGAAGUAUCGUUCCAGUGUCCCGGGGUCAGAGACAGAAGAGCAGUGAUGAGUCAUGCUUAGUGGUAUUAUUUGCUGGUGAUUAUACUAUAGCAAAUGCCAGAAAACUAAUUGAUGAGAUGGUUGCUAAAGGCUUUUUCCUAGUUCAGACAAAGGAGGUGUCAAUGAAAGCCGAAGAUGCUCAAAGGGUUUUUCAUGAAAAAGCACCUGACUUCCUUCCUCUUUUGAACAAAGGUCCUGUUAUUGCCUUGGAGUUCAAUGGAGAUGGCGCUGUAGAAGGAUGUCAACUUAUUGUCAACGAGACAUUCAAAGGGACCAAGAUAUUUGUAUCAGAAAGCAAGGAGACGGCACCUGGAGAUGUAGACAACUUCUACAAUUUUGCUGAUAUACAGAUGGGAAUAUGAAGUGCAAUGAGGAACCAAGGACUUCGUAUUAAGCCCUUUUCAAUUUGUGUGUUAGCAAUGGGUUUUUUUUUAAACUGAUGCUAAAAUUGUUAAAGUCAGUUUUUAAGUAAAUUGUUGACUACUGCAUCAUUUACGUGAGAUUCGGAAAGAGUUCAUUUUAAAUUAAGUAGUUUUAAUCAGCUUAAAAACCAUUUAACCCAGUUCAGUGAGCUUGUAGGUUUUCUCUGCAUAUGAUACUGUUAUUAGAAAACAGAAGUGACUAGCAGUUCAUUAUUUUAAUCCUAAUUAAACAUUCUUUCAAAUCUCUAAUUUACACUUUACUCAGUACUGUAUAAUACUUGUUUGAGAAUAUCUUCCAUUUUCUUUUUUAAUUUAGAAGGAUUCCUUACUAGUUGAUCAGUUAAAAUGAACCUGUGUACAUUUUUCUUGUAUACAUAUCCAGUUAAAUAUUUGCUUCCUAGUUCCAUAAUAUGGAAAAUGAGAUUUUGUAUACAGAGUUGACCUAAUACUUUGUAAAUUGAAUUUUUUAAUUAAUAGGUAUUUGAUAACCAGUUUUGCAAGUAACUCAUGUUGGUAUAAGUGUUUAAAGACUACUUUAAACAGUUGUGAGUAGUAUGCUUAUUUGAAUAUAUUCCACAUUGUUUAUUUUUUGAAUAAAACUGUUAAAUGACUCUUCUGCUUCCUGGUAGGAAAAGGUAUAUGGAAUAAUGAAACUAUAGAAGCCCAAUCACCAGCAGUUCACAAAGGUGAUUACCGUUUUAUCAACUCUUAUGAGCUAUUAGAAUUAAAACAAAACCUUGCAGCAUUUUUAGGUAAGAAUACUUAAGCAUCUUGAUGAGUUAUGCAGAUUGUUAAGAAGCUAGAUAAAUUCCUAUCAAUCAAUGUUCAAGUCUGGUAAAAAUUAUUUUGGUUGCUUUAAAGCAUUAUUUUCCAAAUCAACCUGAACGUAAUAAUUUACCAGGGGGCAGGAGGGAGCUACUUGUUUAAAAAUCCACAUUCUUGGACCAGUCCUUAGGUGCAUUGAUUCAGUGCCCAGGGAAAACUGAUUUAAGAGGGUUGUUGUAACAGAAAGUAAUCAGAAGAUUUUGAUAGGUUGAUCUUGUGAGAAGGGACUGAGCCUGCCAUCUACAUCAUGUGCUGUAUGCUUAGUUACUCAGUCGUGUCCAACUCUUGCAACCCCAUAGAUUAUAGCCUGCCAGGUUCCUCUGUCCAUGGCAUUUCCCAAGCAAGAAUGCUGGAGUGGGUUGCCAUUUCCUUCUCCAUACAGAGUAGCUAAUUGGAAGUUAGCUUUCAUAGGUCUAUUUUUAAAUUUAAUUCUAUUUUGAUAAAACUAAGACUGAAAAAAAUCACUUGCAAAAAUUCCUCUUACAAUUGUUACUAACAAUUUAUUUUCAUGUUUAAACUCUUUGUGGAUAUUUUCAGGUUCAUUUAAAACUACUGUAUUGUAUGUCCAAUGUUCAGAAAUAAUACAUUAAAAGACUUUUCACUUUAAACUAAUAAGUAAUGUUGACCACCUACCCUGUGCCUCACCUGUAUUAGCAUCAUAUCAUUUCAGUCUUUUUUACAAGAGCAUUCUAUAUUACAUAACCUCUCGUUAAAAUCAAAAUGAUUUUAUAAGAUGCAAAUAAAAAUCAGUGAUGGAUUUAAUAUAAUUUUGAUCAUAAUUUACAAAUGAGCUUUGCCAAAUAGUGGUCAGAGGGCAUUAAUUUUUCUCAUAGGUAAGCUAAAUUAAGCAUAUUCUUUCUGAUCAUAAUUAUAUUAUUAAAUCUCAUUAUUCACAGUUUUAAAAAUCAUAAUACUUUUUGUCUUCCAAAAAUAUAGUACAAUGUUAUGCAAUGCUGUAGAUUGAGUUCUUUAUCUAUGGUAUUUUAGCAAAAACUCAGGAAUAUUACAUAUAAGGCAGAUGUUAAUUUAAAAAUUUCCACUAAAUUUAGUGUCUAUUAACCAAAGCCUAAAAUUUUAUACUCUUCAGUUAGGUAAGAGCUUUUACCCAGAUUUAAUUUGUCUUUUAGGACAGUUCUUGUUUCUGAAUGUUUGAAAAGAUUUUAAAAAAUAAGUAGUACUAUGGUUGUUGUUUCUAUCACCUUAAACCUUGAUUAUAAUUAGUAUUAUACAUUUUAUUUCUGAAUAGCUUUUGAAUUCAUGCAAAUGUAUUAGCAAUGAAAACUUAGUAAUUUUAUUGAGUUAUAGAUGUUUGACAUUACAUUAUAUUAGCUUAUUUCUGUUGUGUCAAUAGUACUGCUUUUUACUUCUAUAUAUUUAUGUCUAGCUUUUGUAUGUAAUUUAUCUAGUGUUUAUACAAUGUGAUUUGUAAUAAAUAUUGUCAAAAUGAAAUUAAUUUAACACCAAUUUUUGAAGAGCACUUCUGUAGUAUAAAUUUAUUCAUAUGUGUACCAAAAUUUGAUCAUGACACAACUUUUUUAAUGAUAAAAGUAAAAUACAGUGGUUCAAUCUGUCUUAUAUUAGUGAGAAAUGAACUGUAUGCCAUGUUGUGUGUACAAAGCUCUCUGGAGAAAUGCAGAGGAAGUAGAAAACUUAUUUUAAUCUGAGGAAUUUCCAGUAUCAUGUUCCCUUUGUUAAAAGAUACAUUUUGUUAUGAUUGAAUACUUACUAAGAUUAGGCAAGUUUUUCUUCCAUACUUGAGAAAAUAGCAAAUUGUGACAUACUUUCAGAUUUAUUCAAGUAGACCUUAUUUUUAAAUUACUACCAAAUUUACCAGCCUUUCUAUCUAGCUUCUCCCUCUCCCAGCCCAUAAAUCAGAGAAACUUCAGAUUGGUGAGUUUUUUUAAUAACAUUUAUUAUUAUUAUUUCUAUGUAUAAAGCUUCUACAUGUACAUUUAGAGCAUUUGGGGGGAAAAAACAGAACUGUACAAGACAGCAGCAAAAAUUACUUCCUGCUUAUUGGAUAAUUCUUGCUGUGCUGAGUUAAAUUUUUUUUUCUCAUUUUUAACUCUAUUUUCCAUAGGAAGAGAAGAUAUUGUAAUUAGGGUAUGAUUCUCCUUCAAAAUCCAUUCUAGAAAAUAUUUCAUCCUUUAAAAGUAUAAUCUUAAAAAGUCAAAUUUCAUUUUAAUUUUAGUAAUGAAAACUUUUUUGUGAAAAUCGUUUUGGGUUUCUUUUUUGGUAGAGUGUUUGAGGAGGGGAGAUGACCCCCUGGUGAAGGGAAUGGCUACCCACCUUAGUAUUCUUGCCUGCAGAAUUCCAUGGACAGAGGAGCCUGGUGGGAUACAAUCCAGGGAGUCACAAAUAGUCGAACACAACUAAAUGACUAACAUACUUCAUCCACACCUUAAAGUUGGAGAAGCUUUGUCCUAGACUAUUGGCUCCUCAAGCACUAAAAUCAAGGCUUAGAAACCUUUGUAUUCAUAGAGAGUAGCUUAGGGUCCAGUGAAAGUUGCUCAACUGUGUCCGACUCUUUGUGACCCCAUGGAUUUACAGUCCAUGGAAUUCUCCAGGCCAGAAUACUGGAGUGGGUAGCCUUUCCCUUCUCCAGGGGACCUUCCCAACCCAGGUAUCAAACCCAGGUCUCCCACAUUGCAGGUAGAUUCUUUACCAGCUGAGCCACAAGAGAAGUCCUUAGGGUCCAGUAAUGUGAUCAUUAUUACAUUUAAUAAAUGUUUCUGACUGAAUGAAAUAA